AUGAGUUUUAGAGGUGGCAACAGAGGCGGUCGUGGUGGUCGUGGUGGUCGCUCUUUUGGUAGACCAAUUCAGCAAGGUCCACCAGAAACAGUUCUAGAGAUGGGCAGUUUCUUGCAUCCCUGUGAGGGCGACAUUGUAUGUCGUUCCAUCAACACUAAAAUUCCCUAUUUCAAUGCCCCUAUUUACCUGGAAAACAAGACACAGAUUGGUAAAGUUGACGAAAUUUUGGGUCCUUUGAAUGAAGUUUUCUUCACGAUCAAAUGCUCUGAAGGUGUCCAAGCUACGAGCUUCAAAGAAGGUGAUAAAUUCUUCAUUGCCCCUGAUAAGUUAUUGCCAAUCGAGAGGUUUUUGCCAAAGCCUAAGGUUGCUGGCCCUCCAAAGCCAAAGAAGAAGAGAACUGGUGCUCCUGGCGGUCGUGGUGGAAGUAGAGGUGGCUUCGGAGGCCGUGGCGGAAGUAGAGGUGGCUUCGGUGGCCGUGGUGGAUUUAGCUCUAGAGGUGGUCGUGGAGGUUUCGGCGCCAGAGGCGGCCGUGGCGGCAGUAGAGGCGGUUUCAGCAGCCGUGGGGGACGUGGAGGUAGAAGGUUCUGA